GAAUUUUACAAAGGGGAAUGGUCAUUCCAGGGGCAACUUUCAAGUCCUAACAUAAGGGGCGGAGCACUUGUUGGAGUGGGCAGUUUCUAAGGAUUUCCUUCAAUAAAUACAGGCAAAGCUCUCUUUCCCCAGCACACUUGAAACAGUUUCCUUUGUUGCUUAUACUUUGUGAGAAUUAACACUAAAACAAUGUUGGGGAAAACAUCACUUCUCUCUUCUCUAGUUCUGCUUCUGAUUAUACAAGAGGCAUUUGUUGCCCCAGUGACACAGGAACCAAGCACUGAAACGAGUGCAGCAUCAACUAUUGAGUCAAGCAAAGAACCCAGCAGUGAAGGAAAACCAAGUACAGAACCCAGCGAGGAACCCAGUCUACAGCCAACUGAAGACUUGAGUGGGGAUGCAAGUGGAGAAACAAGUGGAGAAGGGAGUGGAGAAGCAAGUGGAGAAGGGAGUGGAGAAGCGAGUGGAGAAGGGAGUGGAGAAGCGAGUGGAGAAGGGAGUGGAGAAGCGAGUGGAGAAGCAAGUGGAGAAGGCCAGCCAACCGUAGAGUCAAGUGAAGAACCCACAGUAGGAACAAGUGAAGGACCAACUGAGGCAACAAGUACAAAGUCAACUGAAACAAAGCCAACAAGUACAAAGCCAACAGACGUUACCAAAACAACAAGUUCCAAUUCAAGCCUACAAUCAACUACCAAAAAAACAGAAUCGUCCAAAUAAAAAGAGGAGGACUCCAGUGGCAUUGAAGUCUUCCUGAUGAUGAUGGCUUGAUUGAAGCAGCUUCCCAUUAUAUGGAAAUACCAAGAUUCUGUGCAGUUUCGAAACUAACAAGGUUUAAAGUAAAAUGUCUGGGUUUCAGUGAAAUUUCAAUCAACACUAAUUUUCCUGUGUUUCACAUUGUUAUUUAUUAAACUGUAACAUAACAGAAA